UAACUAACGAUGGUGUUUCUCUCGAUCCCCAAUGGAAAGACUCUCUCGAUCGAUGUAAACCCUAACACAACCACCAUCUCCGCCUUCGAACAAAUUGUUCACCAACAUACCAACGUUCCUCAACAUCUCCUUUGCUACUCGCUGCGUAUGCGAAACCCUAGCCGUGUGUUCCACGACUCGCUCCUAUUAUCCGAUCUUGGUGUUUGUCUUUUCUCCACUGUGAUUAUCCACGUCCCUCUCUUGGGUGGGGAGCAGGGAGCGCUUCCACCGCCCAAGGAACCGGUUGUUUGGAUCACCCUUGCUAUGCUCGAGGAAACUGAUGGGCACACCGCUAUGGUGUGGAACACUAUUGAUCUGUGUAUAAAGACUCUUCAGAGAGGAGGUGUUGUUAUUGACAGAGAAUAUUGGAUGAAUGCCGCUAGGGCUUGUGAGAGAGGCGGGUAUGUCGUAACGUGCAAGGCAAUUAUCAAGAACUUUAUAGGUAUUGGAGUCGAUGAGGAUGAUAUGAAGAGAACUUGGCUUGCUGAUGCGGAGAUGAGCAAGAAGUGUGGUUGCGUUGAAACAGCAAGAGCUAUAUAUGCACAUUCUCUUACUUUCUUGUUGACCAAGAAAAGUAUAUGGCUUAAAGCUGCUCUUCUUGAGAAGAGCCAUGGGAGUAAAGAGUCUCUUGAUGCCUUGUUGCGCAAGGCAGUGACAUAUGUGCCUAAGGCUGAGAUUUUGUGGCUCAUGGGUGCUAGAGAGAAGUUUCUUGCUGGAGACGUUACAGCAGCACGUGCUAUUCUACAAGAGGCUUGUGGUGUGAUUCCCAACUCUGAGGAAAUCUGGCUUGCUGCUUUCAAGCUGGAGUAUGAGAACAAGGAGCUGGAGCGGGCGAGGAUGCUUCUUGCAAAAGCAAGGGAAAGAGGAGGGAGUGAGAGGGUCUGGAUGAAGUCAGCCAUUGUUGAGAGAGAGCUUGGCAACGUAGAGGAGGAGAGGAGAUUGCUUGAUGAAGGGUUGAAGCAGUUCCCAACGUUCUUCAAGCUUUGGUUGAUGCUUGUGCAGCUCGAGGAACGGUUCAAUAAUCUGGAUCGUGCCAGGAAAGUUUAUGAAUAUGGUUUGAAGCACUGUCCUAACUGCAUACCGUUGUGGAUCUCAUACGCUAAUCUUGAAGAAAGAGUGAAUGAGCUUAACAAAGCUCGAGAUAUUCUCAUUACUUCAAGGAAGAAGAAUCCACAUGCGGAUGAGCUAUGGUUAGCAGCUAUUCGUACUGAACUGAGGCAUGACAACAGGGGAGAAGCAGAGCACUUGUUGUCAAAGGCUCUUCAAGAAUGUCCCGGCAGUGGUAUCCUCUUGGCCGCGGACAUUCAGAUGGCGAUACGUCCUCGCAGGAAAAAAAAGAGUAUUGAUGCUCUGAAGAAGUGUGCUCGUGACCCGCAUGUCACUGUAGCUGUCGCCAAGCUCUUCUGGCAAGACAAGAAGGUGGAGAAAGCUAGAGCGUGGUUAAAACGGGCUGUGACCCUCAACCAAGACAUUGGCGAUCACUGGGCGUUGUAUUACAAAUUUGAACUUCAACAUGGCACUGAAGAGAGCCAGAAGGAGGUCCUUGCUAAAUGUGUAGAUUAUGAGCCGAAGCAUGGUGAGAAGUGGCAAGCUGUCUCUAAAGCCGUGGAGAAUGCACACCAGCCUGUAGAGGCCAUCUUGAAUAAAGUCUUGUUGCAUUGAGCGAGGAAGAGAAAGCUACUUGAGAGUAACAACUAACAGUUCCUUUUGUUUUUCUUUUUGUCUUUUUUUUUCUCUUUGCAGGCUCAACUUUUAACAGUUUAUGUUUUUCUUCAGUAGCGAGAACCCUUCAGUCUUCUUUGUGAGUUUCUGUGUGCUUUUAUUCAGCUGUUUAAAUUAUUAUUGUUCGUGUAUUGCUGAUUAUU